AUGUCAGCUAAGAGGAAACUUCCGACCAAGCUUGGCCAACCAAUGGUCAAGCAAGGUGUUAAAUCAUUUGGAGCGGGACAUCUAGAUGAAUCAAAGACGGUGGUAUCUGGUGGAACUGCAAAUAAGGUGAAGACGAACGGAAUCAAGAAGAAUGAAGUGGUCGAAAUCUCUAGCGAUGAAGAAAAUGAAAGUGACGAUGAGAUGGAAGAAAUUGAAGAGGAUGGGAGUGAUGCGGAAGAAAAUGGCAAUGUUACCACAGAUGUGGCAAUGGAAGAUGAAGGAGCUGAAGCUGCGGAGGAAGAUGGAGAGCCAACAUUCGGAGAUCUUAUCCGUGCCCACGCGUCAGAGCCUAUCGAUGUAGCAGCCGCUUUCGGUGAUUCUAAAGCUCAAGCCCUUUCAUACCCUCAAAAUUCAAUUCAAGCUCCUUCUGGCGCAUCCCUCGGAACAGUUCUCACUCAAGCACUCAAAACAAACGAUGUCGCCUUAUUGGAAUCUUGCUUACAUACUACGGAUCUCAGUACGAUUAGAGCUACAAUUCAACGACUCGAUUCCCCCCUCGCCGCGAUUCUACUACAAAAGUUGGCAGAAAGAUUACAUCGCAGACCUGGUAGAGCUGGAAGUCUCAUGGUUUGGGUUCAAUGGUCAAUGAUCACACAUGGAGGAUAUCUAGCAACUCAGAGAGGUCUUAUCAAGAAAUUGGCCGAGGUAAACAGAGUUUUGGACGAGAGAUCAAAAUCUUUACAACAUCUUUUGUCUUUGAAGGGUAAAUUGGAUAUGUUGGACGCACAAAUCAAAUUACGAAGAGGCAUGCAAAACCGACCAAGGCUAGACAGCGAAGAUGAUGAUGAAGGUGUUAUUUAUGUGGAAGGUCAAAGCGAUGAUGAGGAAGAAGUUAUCGUCAAUGGAUUACCUCAAAGACUUGCCAAGAAUGGGGAUCUCCAGGAUAUCUCAGAUUCCGAGAUUGAGGAGGAAAUGCUUAAUGGUUUAGUUGCCGAGUCUGAUGAAGAAGAAGAGGAUAGCGAGGAUGAUUUAAUAGAUGAUGAGGCCGAGGAAACAGAUGCAGAUUCUGGAGAUGAGGAUGAAGUUGAUCAUGAUGAUAUCGAUGAGCAAGGAGAAGAUGAUGAAAGUGAUGAUGCUGUACAAGGACCACCAAAAUCCAAGAUGCAAAAGAUAACAGGCAGUACCUUUCAUAGAAGAUAA